CUUCAAUCCAUACGCUUCCAUUUUUGUCCCCACCAUAUCCCUACCCAUCCUCACCUCGCCAUGCCAAUCUUCUUCCUCUAGUUCUCAAUCCAACCCUCUUUAGCAUUUUCUUUCAAUAGUCCUCUGGUUAUUAUGGCUGUCGCCAUGGCCUCUUGUGGGUGCACUAUUGGAGUUUACACCAAAUUAGUUGCAUUCGAGAAGCAACCCAUCUCUAAAGCUGCGUUCUUCGGUUCAGAUCCUCUUAAACAUCUAUGUACUUCAACUAAACCAAGAUUAUCAUAUUCAUUGAGUACUAUGAUUCCAAAAGCAUCAGCCACAGCCAUUGAGGAUGGAAGUUAUCAAGAAACAGAUGUGAUUCCAACACCCAAAGUAAUUAUCGACCAGGACUCAGACCCAAAUGCAACUGUUGUGGAGAUUACCUUUGGGAAUCGCCUUGGAGCUCUUCUUGACACUAUGAAUGCUCUAAAAAAUCUUGGAUUGAAUGUUGUCAAAGCAAACGUUCAUCUGGAUUCUUCAGGGAAGCAUAACACGUUCUCGAUCACUAAAUCCUCGACUGGUCGGAAAGUUGAGGAUCCUGAGUUGCUUGAGGCCAUCCGUCUAACAAUUAUUAGCAAUCUUCUUGAAUAUCACCCGGAAUCAAGCGCUCAGUUAGCUAUGGGAGAAGCCUUUGGAGUCGAAGCACCAAAACAGAAGCUUGAUGUUGACAUUGCAACUCGCAUCCGUAUAUCUGAUGAUGGUCCCGAUCGAAGUUUGCUCUCAGUGGAAACAGCAGAUAGGCCUGGGUUACUGGUAGACCUUGUGAAAAUUAUCACUGAUAUUAACGUUGCAGUAGAGUCAGGAGAGUUUGACACCGAGGGUUUGUUGGCCAAGGCCAAGUUCCAUGUGAAUUACAAGAAUAAGGCUCUCAUCAAACCCCUUCAGCUGGUUGUCACUAAUAGUUUGCGUUACUUUUUAAGACGCCCGUCAACAGAUGAGUCAAUCGAUACAAAACUGCAUGUUUACCAUUGUGCACCAAGGCCUACUGCAAUGCUCAUCACGAAGGUUGCCGUUGUCAACGUGGCUACGGUGGUGGUUCGUGAACACCACCCGAACCUUUCUGGUCGGGCAUGGUUGUUCGUGAAGCCAAAAACGAUUGACAACUCCCAAUAG